GAGGGCUCGCGCCGCGGCUCGCGCGCUCUCCUCCCGCUUUACGGCUGCUGAAAACCCGGCCCGCGCUCGGCAGCCGUACCGCAGACGAGCCCGCGCCCGCGCCGUUCAGAGUGUGUCUAUAUCAGGGGACUGUAAACUCCGGUCUGUCACCUGUUUUUAUCUCCCAGCUGGACACUGGAAAUAACUUUUGAUGGUUUAGGGCCUCUCUCAUUUGACCCCAGGAAAUGAGCUUUGACUGUUAGGCACCUGGAUGAAGAGCCCUGGGUUCAGCUUGUCAGAGUCCUGUAGCCUACAAAGACCCUCUGCUUGCACUAGGAUCAUUCGAUUGAAGUAAAAAGAUGGCUUAUCAGAAGGUCAAUGCAGAUCAAAGAGCUCCAGGACAUUCACAGUAUUUAGACAAUGAUGACCUUCAAGCCACUGCCCUUGACUUAGAGUGGGACAUGGAAAAGGAGUUGGAGGAGCCUGGUUUUGACCAGUUCCAGCUAGAUAGUGCUGAGAAUCAGAACCUGGAGAAUCCAGAGACUGCAGACCUCAAUCUUGAUUCCAUUCAACCAGCAACUUCACCCAAAGGAAGGUUUCAGAGACUUCAAGAAGAGUCUGACUAUGUAACCCGUUAUACAAGAUCUGCACCAAAGAGCAACCCCUGCAAUUUUUGCCGCCUUUUAAAAAUACUUUGCACAGCCACCGUUUUAUUUAUUUUGGGGAUUUUGAUAGGCUAUUAUGCACAUAAAAAUUGCCCUUCAAAUGCUACAACUUCAGGAACGCUUGAUCUUCACUUAUACCAAGAGAUUCUCAAGACAAUCCAAGCAGAAGAUAUUAAGAAGUCUUUCAGAAAUUUGGUACAACUGUAUAAAAGUGAAGAUGACACAGAAAUUUCAAAGAAGAUUAAGAGUCACUGGACUUCCCUGGGCCUAGAAGAUGUACAGUUUGUAAAUUACUCUGUGUUGCUUAAUCUGCCAGGCCCUUCUGCCAGCUCUGUGUCUCUGAGCAGCAGUGGCCAAUGCUUUCAUCCUAAUGGCCAGCCUUGCAGCGAAGAAGCCAGAAAACACAGCAGCCAAGAUCUGCUUUACUCAUAUGCAGCCUAUUCUGCCAAAGGAACUCUCGAGGCUGAAGUCAUUGAUGUGAGUUAUGGAAAUGCAGAUGACUUAAAAAGGAUACAAAAAAUGAAAAAUACAACGAAUAAGAUUGCACUCAUGAAAUUAGGAAAAUUGCCAUUACUUUAUAAGCUUUCUUUAUUGGAAAAGGCUGGAUUUGGUGGUGUUCUUCUAUAUAUUGAUCCUUGUGAUUUACCAAAGACUGCAAAUCUUAGCUAUGAUACCUUCAUGGUGUCACUGAACCCAGGAGGAGACCCUUCUACGCCUGGUUAUCCAAGUGUGGAUGGAAGCUUUAGGCAAAACCGAUCAAACCUCACAUCCCUGCUGGUGCAGCCCAUUUCAGCAUCUCUGGUUGCAAAACUGAUCUCUUCACCAAACAGCAGAACCAAAAACAGUGUCUGUAGCCCUCUAGAACUGCCAAACAAUGAUCAGAGAAUUGUCAGCAUGCAAAUUCAGACAGUUACCAAAUUCAAAACAGUUACUAAUGUUGUUGGAUAUUUAAAGGGCUUGACAUCUCCAGAUCGGUAUAUCAUAGUUGGCAGCCGCCAUCACACUGCAUACAGUUAUUAUGGACAAGAAUGGGCCAGCAGCACUGCCAUAAUCACAGCUUUUAUCCGGGCCUUGAUGUUAAGAGUUAAGAGAGGGUGGAGACCAGACCGCACAAUUGUUUUCUGUUCAUGGGGAGGAACAGCUUUUGGCAAUAUUGGCUCAUAUGAAUGGGGAGAGGAUUUCAGGAAGGUUCUGCAGAGAAAUGUUGUGGCUUACAUUAGUCUCCAUAGUCCCAUAAGGGGUAACUCAAGUCUAUAUUCUGUAGCUUCACCAUCUCUUCAGCAACUGGUGGUAGAGAAAAAUAAUUUCAACUGUUCCAGAAGAGCUAAGUGUCAAGAAACCAAUGUCAGUUCUGUACAGAUAGAAGGUGAUGCUGAUUAUUUCAUCAACCAUCUUGGAAUUCCCACCGUGCAGUUUGCCUAUGAGGACAUCACAGCAUUAGAGGGUCCAAGUUUUCUCUCUGAGGCCCUUUUCCUUAAACGUGCAACAAAAAUUGAAGAAAUGGAUCCUUUUUUCCACCUUCAUGAAACCAUUACCAAGCUCUCGGGAGAAGUGAUUUUGCAAAUUGCCAAUGAACCAGUUCUGCCCUUUAAUGCUCUUGAUAUAGCUAUAGAAGUUCAAAACAGUCUUAAAGGUGAUCAACCCUACACUCAUCAACUGCUAGCCUUGGCGUCACGCCUGCGGGAGAGUGCUGAACUCUUCCAGUCAGAUGAGAUGCGUCCUGCUAAUGAUCCCAAGGAGAGAAUUCCAAUCCGUGUCCGAAUGCUGAAUGACAUACUCCAAGACAUGGAGAAAAGCUUCCUGGUAGAGCAAGUGCCACCAGGUUUUUAUAGAAAUAUCCUGUACCACCUUGAUGGGAAGACAAGCCAGUUUUCAAUACUCCUGGAGGCUUGGGAGCACUGCAAGUUACUUGCAUCAAAUGAGACCAUUCAGGAAGCCCUGUCAGAGGUGUUGAACAGCAUUAAUUCAGCUCAGGUUUACUUUAAAGCAGGACUUGAUGUGUUCGACAGUGUCUUGGUUGGAAAGAACUGAGAAAACUCUCAGCAUUUUAAGAAGUUUGUUUACAAUUCCUCAAGCAAAAGCUCUAACCUAACCAGAUUUUCUGACAUUGAAGACUUUCCCCCCAAUGACUUUUUUACAAUUCCAAAGCUAUUAUUACGUUGUAUUUUUAAAUGUACAUAUAAAAGAGCAUUUUGCACAUUUAAUAUUUUCUUAUAUCUACAUCUCUGAAUAUGUAAAAGCAAGUUAUUGAAAUAAUACCUAAGGUUUAUCUAUUAAAAAGAAAUCUGCUGUAUUUUUAUAUAUAUGAAAUAUUUGGGGGGCAAAGUUCCAAGAAGUUCUGGACAAUCUUCAAUUCUAGGGAUAAACCAUGUAGGAACAGAAGUUAUUCCCUAUGUUACAGCUAUUAAUGACCUAGUUUCUGUAAUAGAAAUGGAAAGUUGAUAUGGUUUCAGAUUAACUUCACUAAUAAGUAUUCAAUAUGAAGAAUUCAAGUAUUCCGACUGAAUGAUUGGUCGACCAAAACCACUUUGAAUGUUUCUAUUUUAUGAAAUGAAGUGCCUGUUCAUAAUACAACUAGAUGUAGUAAUACACUGGUUAUGAAAUUGUAUUUUUUUAAGUAUUAACGAAAAAAAGAGCCAUAAACAUUCCAGGGGAAAAUCUCAAAGUAGCUGCACAGAGCAAUUUAAAUGCAAAUUUUUUCCUAACAACUUAUAAGGUGACUAGCUUUGAAACCCCUAAUUUGCCUCAGUUGAUUUUGUAAAAAUUACAGGAGUGAUAUAUGUCUUAUGAGGGAGAAAAUAUUUCUUAUUUCUUCUUCUGUUCGUUCUGUAGGAAGCACUGAAACCUAGCUACUCUGAAAUGAAAGCAUUUUGCAUUGUUCUUCCUACCUGUAUCUCUUCUGAAACUCCUUCCUGGAAGGCAGUUUUAACAGAAUACCAUGUAAUUUCCACAGGAAAGUAGCAAAGUUUUCUUUGAAAACCCCAACUAUCUUAAAAAGCACCAAACUGCUGUUUCUGCCACUGAUACAAAGGACUCACAAUGAAAGAAAUAGCUGUUUGAUCAAUGAAAAACUUCUUAAUUCUGUGAAGAAACUUUUGAUAUUUUUCCUUCUUUAUCCUUCAUUGUGACUAAGAUGCAAAAGUAGAAAAUAUUCAUGCUUCUAAUUUUAUGCAGAAAAUACAGUGUUACUACAAGAGUGUGUCUUUCCCACACUUCGAUUCUUCUCUCAUGUGGAAAAUGAAGUUUUUCAUGUUGACACUGUCAUGGAAUGGCCCUAGCAUCCACUAUUCCCCAAAAGCCUACAAUUCUUUCUAUUGGAUGACAGUUUAAACUGUGAGCUUCUCUUUAGAAAUGUUCUUCUGGUAUUGAAUAAAGCGAUGCCUCCUAGGAA